UCUCCUCACUCAGCUGAUAAAUUUUAGUUUGCGAGGAAAAAAAGAUUGUUAAUUCGAUUAUAAAGAUAGAUAAAUAAUUUUGUUGGGAAAUAGAUCGCUAAAUAAUUUCACGUUUAAUUCGUUUUUACUAUUGAGAUUGGCUAAUCCUAUAGUGGAGCUAUUUUCGAUCUGGACUAGAGAGUUUUAUUUUUUGUGAAUUAGGGAUUGUGUAUUAUUCAAUUGCUGUUGGGAGGAGUGAUGAAUUUGAAUGUCCAAUGGGAUGUCGGUUUAUGAUUUGUUGUUGUAACAAUGGGAGGCUGGUGCUGAAUAUUCUAUGUAUCAGUAGAGCUGAAAGUGGUUUAGGAUUGAACGGAUAAUUUUUGUUCUCAAUGUUUUGCCUUGUACAAUUAUGGAGGUGAUAAAUGGUUGUUAAAUUAGCGAAUGUGGUUUGGUGGAGGUUAUUUGAUGUAUAGCAGGCUCAACAGGGACGGAUUGUAAGUAAAUAAUUUAGGAUCUACUUUUUACUGUCAAACUCUGGUUAUUAGGAAUCCAUCGAUGUAGUCUCAAUUUCAGGUUGUUCAUUUUCUUUUUUAUUUGGUUACUUUUAUUUGCUUCUAUCGAAAUGUUACAAUCUGGUUGUUUUUAUUUGAUGGCGAUUGUGAAAGAUUCUUCAUGCAGUGCUGAUUCAAUGAAAGGAUAUGACCAUUAAUUUGUCAUGGGCGGUUGGUCGUGUCUCUAAUGUUUCCAUCUGUGUGUAUCUAAACAGAUUACGCUUGUUUUUCUAGGUCAACUUGUUGUUUGAUUCAUGUUUUUGUGUUCAUGCAUAGGCCCGAUGGUAGGUACAUUGUGUUAUACUAUGUGCAUUGACUGAUUGAUUCAAACACAUUAUUAAAAUGGGAAGAUGAGAUGACUAGGGAGGAUAUUGUAUAAAUGUAUUGUUAUCACCUUUCACUUUUUUUACAAGUGGGCAUGCAAUGCUUUAGGUGGUUGUUGGCUCCCUCUUGCCUAUAUUAUAGUCAGUGAUGCAAUUCAGCUUUAACUUCUCUGUGAUCAUGUGUCUGUGACUGUAUGACUUUCUGUUUUUGUGUUUCUAAGCCUUGUUCUGUGCCAAUUUGCGGCUUACAGCUUAUUAUUUUUUCAAGUAAAAUUAGUACAGUAACUGAUGCAACUUUGUCUAGUGGGUUAGAAAACAUUGUUUGAAUUAUGAAAACUUCAUAUACCUUUUUGCGCUCCCAAUGAUUCUUUAGCCCUUCAUUUGUGAUAAUUAUGUGCAUGCAUGCACUGGUUCUUACACAUUUUCUCUUCCAUCUUUGGUGCAGAAGGUGCUUUUGUUGUUUAUGUGGCAAUUCACAAGGUCUGAAUAUAUCUGCUGAUUCCCACUUUGAUGAGCUUGUAGUGCUUGCUUUCGACUAGAUAUUAUCCAAUAAAAUCCUCGUAGACAUAUUUGGACUUAUUUGUUUGCUUGUAUGCAACUGCUUGCGAAAUGGGUUCCAAAGGAAGGCUGCUAUUUGAUCUUAAUGAACCACCUGCUGAAAAUGAAGAUGAUAAUGAUAGUGUUGUUUGCUUCCAGCCUCAGAGGGCUAUUCCUUCAAUUACUGCACCAACCGACUUGUUUGUGGCAUCUGCUGGUCCCCAAGGGAUAGUAAAUAACAAUGCUUUCUCCCAUGCUUCUUCUGUAUCUGGUUUCCAGCCUUUCGUCAGGUCUAAAUUUGUUCAGGGACUUGAUGUUUCUGAUGAAAAAAAGAGUUUCAUGGAUGCGCUUAGCAAUGUUGCCUCUUCAUCCAAAUCAAGUAAUGGCCAGGAUAUGAAGGCUUCACCAAUUAUACAAUCAGGUUUGUUAAGUGUUCAGGAUGCAGAGAAAGAAGAAGGGGAAUGGUCUGAUGCAGAGGGCUCAGGCGAUGCUUACAAAAGAAGUGUUCUUCGUGAAGACUCAAGUGGUGCUAGUGAUAAACAGGUCUUGGAGAAAAGCUCAGUUGAGAUGAUUGAGAUCAAUGUCCAUGUUGCAGGUGCUGAUAAUAUAUCUCCUAAUCAUGGCAAUGUAAAGAAUGAAAACGGUGGUCCUUCGGAGAAGAAUCCUGAAACAAAUGACAAGAAAGGCGAUGCAUCCAUGGAUGGUUCAGAAGAAUCUGCUCCAAUGCCAAAACAGAGAGAAGUUAGAGGAAUUGAAGCUAAUCAUGCAUUGAAGUAUGGAAAUAGUAUUGGAAAGCGUCAUAAGCUGGACCAGCAGAAGGAGGCAAUGCUAGGGAAGAAGCGCAGCAGGCAGACCAUGUUUCUCAAUUUAGAAGAUGUUAAGCAAGCUGGUGUUUUGAAGUCCUCAACUCCUAGAAGGCAGAUUCCUGCACCAACUGUAAUCCGGACUAUGAAAGAAACCCGUCCUACUCUGGGAUCCGCCGAACGUGCGGAUAAGCAAAAUCAGCCUGUAGUUAGAGAUGCAAAACAAUCUGAUUUGUUGAGCAAUGAAGGAAAUACUUUUGUGGAGUCAAAUGAGUGUAAAUCUGAGAGUAAUGGUGACCAUAGUUUUGGGUCGAUUGGAGCUCCCAGGAAAUUCAAUACCACGACAGAUGUUUCUUCAGAAGGACAAACACCCGUGGUUCCUAGACAGGGUUCGUGGAAGCAGCCUCCCGACACAAGGCAACCUAAGAAUUCACCGUUCACUGGUAGGAAACCAGUUAUUAGCAGCCAGACUUCGGUUGAUCCAAAAUUAGCUGCAAAAAAAUUACCUACCAAGAAGCAAACUACAACAAGCAACCAGUAUCAAGAUUCUUCAGUGGAACGCCUUCUCCGUGAGGUGACAAAUGAAAAUUUUUGGCAUCAUCCAGAGGAGGAGGAGCUGCAACGUGUCCCUGGUAGCUUUGAUUCAGUUGAAGACUAUAUUAGGGUAUUUGAGCCCCUGCUUUUUGAAGAAUGCCGGGCGCAGCUUUAUAGUACUUGGGAGGAGUCAUUAGAAACAGUUCCAAAUCAUGUUAGGGUAUGCAUAAAAAGCGUUGAAAGACGGGAAAGGGGAUGGUUUGAUGUGAUUCUGACUCCACCGCAUGAAUACAAAUGGACAUUCAAGGAAGGAGAAGUUGCAGUUCUUUCAUCCCCCAAACCUGGAGCAGUUCAUAUUAGGAGGAAUAAUAGUUCCUUGGCCCUGGAAGAUGAGGAGAAGCCAGAAGUUAGUGGUCGUGUAGCUGGCACAGUCAGGAGAUAUAUACCUAUUGAUACCAGAGAGUAUACUGGUGCAAUCCUUCACUUCUAUGUUGGAGAUUUAUAUGAUUCUAGCAGCAAGAUUGAUGAUGACCAUAUUCUGCGGAAGCUCCAUCCAGGGGGUGUAUGGUACCUGACUCUGCUUGGUUCUCUUGCAACCACACAACGGGAAUACGUUGCCCUGCAUGCAUUUCGUCGUCUUAACAUGCAGAUGCAAAAUGCUAUUCUUCAGCCUAGUCCAGACCAGUUCCCAAAAUAUGAAGAACAGCCUCCUGCGAUGCCUGAUUGCUUUACUCCAAACUUUGUUGAACACCUUCGCAGGACCUUUAACGGACCCCAGUUAGCUGCAAUUCAAUGGGCUGCAAUGCAUACAGCUGCUGGUACAUCAAAUGGCGUGACAAAAAAAUCCGAGCCAUGGCCCUUUACUUUGGUCCAGGGUCCUCCUGGCACCGGUAAAACGCAUACAGUCUGGGGAAUGCUUAAUGUGAUCCACCUUGUCCAGUACCAGCACUAUUAUACGGCAUUGCUAAAGAAACUGGCACCUGAAAGCUAUAAGCAGGUUAAUGAGAGCAACUCAGACAAUGUGGCCUCUGGAUCCAUUGAUGAAGUUCUGCAGAGCAUGGAUCAGAAGCUAUUCCGGACUCUUCCAAAACUUUGCCCAAAGCCUAGAAUGCUCGUGUGUGCUCCCUCAAAUGCAGCAACUGAUGAGUUGCUUUCACGUGUACUUGACCGUGGAUUUAUUGACGGCGAAAUGAAGGUUUAUCGACCUGAUGUUGCUCGAGUAGGUGUGGAUUCUCAGACUAAAGCUGCUCAGGCAGUUUCUGUGGAACGAAGGACUGAACAACUUCUAUCAAAAAGUCGAGAUGAGGUCCAUGGAUGGAUGCACAGUUUGAGGAUUCGUGAAAGUCAAUUAUCUCAGCAAAUUGCUGGCCUUCAAAGAGAACUUAAUGUUGCUGCUGUCACUGGACGUGCACAGGGGUCUGUUGGUGUUGAUCCUGAUGUUCUUAUGGCAAGAGACCAAAACAGAGACGCAUUACUUCAAAACCUUGCAGCAGCUGUAGAAAAUAGAGACAAAACUCUGGUUGAGAUGUCCCGACUUCUCAUUGUGGAAGGUAAGUUUCGGGCUGCUAGCAACUUUAAUUUGGAGGAAGCUCGAGCAAAUCUGGAGGCAAGUUUUGCCAAUGAAGCUGAAAUUGUUUUCACUACUGUCUCGAGCAGUGGGCGCAAGUUGUUCUCUCGUCUAACUCAUGGCUUCGACAUGGUUGUGAUUGAUGAAGCAGCACAGGCUAGUGAAGUGGCAAUUCUACCUCCACUUUCACUUGGCGCAGCUCGCUGUGUUCUUGUGGGGGAUCCGCAGCAGCUCCCUGCCACUGUUAUCAGUAAGGCAGCUGGAACCUUGCUGUACAGUAGAAGCCUGUUUGAGAGGUUUCAGCAAGCAGGUUGCCCAACAAUGCUUUUAUCUGUGCAAUAUAGAAUGCAUCCACAUAUUAGGGAUUUUCCUUCGAGACACUUUUACCAGGGACGUCUUACAGAUAGUGAGAGUGUUGUUAAUUUGCCGGAUGAAAAAUAUUACAAAGAUCCUCUACUGAGGCCUUAUAUCUUUUUUGAUAUCAGUUAUGGGCGUGAAUCUCAUCGGGGGAGUUCUGUGUCUUAUCAGAACACACAAGAAGCACAGUUUUGCGUUCGUUUAUAUGAGCAUCUUCAGAAGGCUAUAAAAUCGUUGGGUAUUGGGAAAGUGUCUGUUGGCAUAAUUACCCCAUAUAAGCUGCAGCUGAAAUGCCUCCAAAGGGAGUUCAAGGAUGUCUUGAAUUCAGAUGAAGGAAAAGACAUCUAUAUUAAUACAGUCGACGCAUUCCAAGGCCAAGAACGUGAUGUCAUAAUUAUGUCUUGUGUGCGCGCAUCGAGUCAUGGAGUUGGGUUUGUUGCGGACAUCCGUCGGAUGAAUGUUGCUCUUACUCGAGCGAGAAGAGCUCUCUGGGUAAUGGGAAAUGCGAAUGCACUGGUGCAGUCUGAUGACUGGGCUGCACUAAUUGAUGAUUCCAAAGCACGAAGCUGUUACUUGGACAUGGAUUCUCUGCCUAAAGAGUUUAUCCCUGAGACUCCUACCUAUGGUGCUUUUUCCUCCAAGCUCUCUGGUGGAAGGGGCUUGAGAUCUGGGCCAAGGUAUAGAUCAUAUGAUUCACAAGUAUAGUCCAGAUCUGGCAAACCAUCGGAAGAAGAUGAAAAAUUAAAUGUAUUUAAAAUCCCAAGGAAUGGCGCUCAAGGCCAGGAGCAGAUUCGUUGGAUGACUGAUCAAUCUAUUGACAAAUCUCGAGGUGCCUGGCAACAUGGCAUACAAAAACAGAAUGUUGGUUCUGUUCUUGGAAAACUAGACCUUUAGCAGCUGAUUUGAUGAAAUCCUCCUUAUUUGCUUUCUGGGUAUCAGUUUGUCCCAUGGAAUAUUGUGGUCUUAAAGUACUAUUCAAAACCAUCCCAUCCUUGGCCUCAUCAUUGGACUGUGGAAGAUGAUAAAAGCACUAAGUGUCCUGGAGAGAAAGGAGUUCAAGUGAAUGAACCACAACUUGGGGCACUGUCAGGAAGAUGGGCUCCAAGGUCAAAAAUAUAUUUAUGAAAAAUGAGGCUACUUGCUUGGUGAGCGACCUUUGCAUUUUGGUAAGAUAUAACUUUGAGCUCACAAUUUGCUUGGUCACCUCAAGAUGUUGCUUGUGUGGGGGUGAGUGAAGAGAAAUCCCUUCCUCAGGUACUGAUUCCUUAUACCAAGGUGCUAUAUUUAGAAUUGACCAUGCAAGGAUCUUCACUUAUUUACCGAAUUAUUUGGAUAGAUUAGGAUGGAUGGGAUAUCAAGUCUUACUACAAAAUAGUUUCUUGAGGCGGAUGGAUUCCUUCAUGGAGAUUCUUGAUUUCCUUCUCCAACAAGGUUUCCUUAUCUAACGCGUUCCGCAGCUCACCACGUAUCUUGGAUGAUGGACCUCACGAUUUCAUAUGGUCGUACGGCCAUGGUUACCUUGAACAGAGAGGCGGAGUUCUCUGGAAUGGAAGUUCGCUCAGUGACCGACUCCUCUUUGAUGCAAGCUUCAAAAACUCUAGACAGGGAAACGGAAGAUAUUUCCGGGAGGGCUGGUGGCCGGUAGUCUAAAUCUUACUGCAUAUUUCGCUGAAGAUGUGAACCAGCUUAGUUUGUCCACACUGAAAAAGGUGUUGUAUAGAAUGUAGAUGUGCUAGAAAAAUUCUUUUAAAGAUGAAAAAAAGGAUGUUAGUAUAUUAUAUAUGUCUCCAUUACUUGAGCAAAGCCCCCAAAGUUGCACAUUUAAAAAAAUUGAAUUAAUCCAAAUGACUGAAAUCUUUUAGUGCU